AUGGCACGUACCAAGCAGACCGCCCGCAAGUCCACCGGUGGCAAGGCCCCUCGUAAGCAGCUCGCCUCGAAGGCUGCGCGCAAGACUGCGCCCACCACUGGUGGUGUGAAGAAGCCCCAUCGCUUCCGCCCCGGAACGGUCGCCCUCCGAGAGAUUCGUCGCUACCAGAAGUCGACCGAGCUGCUUAUCAGGAAGCUGCCCUUCCAGCGGUUGGUCCGUGAGAUUGCGCAGGACUUCAAGACGGAUCUGCGCUUCCAGUCGUCCGCCGUCAUGGCUCUCCAGGAGGCUGCUGAGGCAUACCUCGUGUCUCUCUUCGAGGACACCAACUUGGCUGCCAUCCACGCCAAGCGUGUCACCAUUCAACCCAAGGACCUCGCUCUUGCCCGCCGUCUCCGCGGUGAGCGGUCCUAA